UCGGCCGCAAAGCACUACGGGAAGGGGGUGGGGUCUGUGUGACCAUUUCGCGUCGCAGUUUCUUUGAGAAUCCUGGCGCGGUGAACGUCCUUCAGCGAAACUUGUGAACCUCCUUGAGCGGCUGUGGCGUUGGUCUUUAGUCCUGUGCUUUACCCGAGAAAUCUGGAAACUGUUCUCCAAGAAGAACCCCAUUAGUUGGAAACUGGAGAAUUUCUUUGCAUCAGAUGCUAAAAUGAAAGAAUUACCAAUAGAUGGUGAAUGUGACAAAACAGUGGCACCACAACUGAAGGGGCUAGACGAAAUUAAGACAGAACCCGACAAUGCUCAGGAGUAUCGUCAAGCCCAGCAGCCCAAAACUCAGGAGAAUGACCUGAAAAUAAACACUACAUUUUCAGACAGUGCUUCUCAGUUGACUACAGGCAUUCAGCUUUCUCUGGAGUCAUCUGGCAUGAAUAAGAUGCUUCCUUCGGUUUCAACUACAGCAAUUCAGGUCUCCUGUUCUGGUUGUAAAAAAAUUUUUCAGAAGGGACAAACUGCUUAUCAGAGGAAAGGGUCUACUCAGCUUUUCUGCUCCACGCCAUGCAUCACGGAAUACAUUUCAUCUGUCAAUUCACCAGCUCUUCCCAAGAGAAGUUGUUCAAACUGCUCAAAGUAUAUCAUUCUAAAUUAUGUCCCCUUUUACUUCCCCACAUAGAUCUUGGUUAUAAUUUUCUACAUUUUCUUUCUUUCUUUUUUGUCUUAAGAAGUAAUCAUCUUGGUUUGGGGAAAGGAAGCUUCAGUUCCUCUAAUAGACUCUUCAGAAAUAGUUUCUUUGUUUAUCAAGAGAUUUGCAGAAGUUAAAAUGAUAGGAGUUGUGUUUCACUUCAGCUUUAAAUAAUGUGACUUCCGAAACUUAUUUUCAUUUUCUUUUUAUUUGAAAUUCUCUGUAAGUGGAGUUAUUGCAUACCCAUUCUAUUUUACUGUUUAAAUGUAUAGGGAGAAGCCUACUAAAAAAAUAAUCAUGUAACAGUUAUUUUGGAUCUUCCAAGGUAUAAAAUUAUAUAAUGUUUCUCUUGUAAUAGCAAAUGGAGAUAUUUAAUUCUUUUGAAAAAUAGAAUAGUCUUUGGUGAACAUAGAUGUAUGUAUGUUAUCUUUAAAGUUUUCUUUGAACUAUUAUUGGGGUCUUUUUUGUUAACUUUUUUAGGUGAGGAGAAAGGAAGUAGUAGUAUUUCGUAACGUCCAGAACUUUGAACUCUACACUGAGAUGUAUAAAGGAUGAGUGCUUUGAGUCCUAGUAUUCAUUAAAUUCUAAUGUUAUGUUUUCAAUUUCUUUGUUUCAGAAUAAGAAAACACAUAGUCCACCAGUUUUGCUACUAAAUGUAAUAAAUUCUCUUCAAAUAAUCUCUUGUUUUGGAAUCAGAUCGCCAUAAUUUGAACCUUGCUUCCUCAGUUUACAUUUUGCCGUUCAUUGUGAUCCCUGAGCAGUUAUAUCAGCGACAUCUGAGAGCUUGUUAGAAAUGCAGAAUCCUAGGUCUCACCAGACCUAUUGAAUCAGAACUGCACUUAUCCCCAAGUGAUUCAUAUAUGUGCUAAAGUUUUGAAAAGCAGUGAGAACUUCUGUCUUAGUAUUCCCACCUGUUUUGUUAAAUGUAAGAAUUACAAUCAUUACAUAAUAUAUUUAAGUGAUCAGAACAAUCCUGACAUAUAGUAAGAACCCAAUGUAUGUUAGCUGUUGCUAUUGUUCUCUUAACAAACUCACAAACCCUUUAUAUUGGUUGCUUCAGUUCUUCAUUUGGCUGCUGCUUCAGGAGUUACCCCUUGCUCCAAGUCUUCCUUCCCAGAACUCUACUUACCUUUCUCCUGUGCUUUUUAAACACUUUAAUAUUAUACUUUGUCCUUUUUCUUGUUUGCUGUGGGCUAUAUGGCACUCUCUUUAGCAUGCUUUCUCUCUCUACAGAAUCAAAAAACUGGAAGGGACCUUAGAGAUCAUCUAAUCCAAACAUUCUCUUUUGGUUUUGAGGAAACUGAGGCCCUGAGAAGUUAAGGUAUCAUGUUGCUAUGUUUGGAAUUUACCCAUUACACAGCUUCAGCAGAGCUCUAAGAUUGUAAAGGCCAAAACAGGGAAGAUUUAGUGUGUAAGUUGUUCAUUAAAGCAGAGGAGUCCAAUAUGAACAAAACAUAAAACAAAUUUUACUUCCUUUGGAAUAAAAUUGUUUUGGUACAAAAUACUAUUUUAUAGGUUGGUGGAAAGGUGGUAUAGUGAUGCUUAGGCUAGGAGAGGCCAUCCAUUGUUCAGAGUAAUCUGUACUUUUUUCAGAACUUUUUUUUUUUAAUGGCCACACCUGCAGCAUAUAGAAGUUCCUGGGCUAGGGGUCAAAUCAGAGCUACAGCCACACCAAUGCUGGAUCCAAGCUGCAUCUGCAACUUAUGUUGCAGCUUGCGGCAUCACCAGAUCUUUAACCACUGAGCUAGGCUAGGGGUUGGAACCGCAUCCUCACACAGACCGUCAGGUUCUUAUCCUGCUGAACCACAAUGUGAUCUCUUUUAGAACUUUUUAUUCUACGUUCAUUAGCCUCUUGUAUUGAUAUAAAGUUCUCAAGAUUUUAAUUAUCAGUUACUGAUGAGAUUUUUUUCUUUUUUUAGGGCUGCACCCAUGGCAUGUGGAGAUUCCCAGGUUAAGGGUCGAAUGGGAGCUAUACCUGCUGGCCUACAGCAAUGCUAGAUCCAAGCCGUGUCUGUGACCUGUACCACAGCUCAUGGCAAUGCUGAAUCCUUAACCCACUGAGCAAGGCCAGGGAUCAAACCUGCAUCCUCAUGGAUACUAGUCAGAUUGGUUUCUGCUGAGCCAUGAUGGGAACUCCAAAUAACAAUGAUUUAAAAUCUGUUUUGUGUGAUAUAGUUUUUAUUCUGCUUCAUGAAUCAAAUGAAUGAUAGCUUUGAAAAGGACAUUGUAAAUUACGUUAGAAAGAUAAGACUCCUUUUUUGAAAGCUACGAGUUUAAGUGUCGUCUCCAUACUUUUUUUUUUUUUUUUUUUUUUUUUUGGCCAUACCUGAGGCAUGGGGAAGUUCUGGACACUGUAGCAGGGACCCAAGCUGCUGCAGUGGCAACAUAAGAUCCUUAAAUCUGCUGAGCUAGAAGAGAAUUCCAAUUUUUAUACUGUAUCCCAGUUAAAACCAUCCAUAGAUCCUGAAAGAAAUCAAUAGAGUUCAAAAGAGGCCCAGGCAUUAAUGCUGUAUUAUUUGUAGGAAAGUUGUUCAGACCUAUGCUCAGCAUUUGGUUAAGCUAAUUUUAGGAACUUAUUAAAAAAAAUUCUUUUAAAAAAAUUUUUUUUUUUUUGUCUUUUGUUGUUGUUGUUGUUGUUGCUAUUUCUUGGGCCGCUCCCGCGGCAUAUGGAGGUUCCCAGGCUAGGGGUCAAAUUGGAGCUGUAGCCACCGGCCUACGCCAGAGCCACAGCAACGCAGGAUCCGAGCCGCAUCUGCAACCUACACCACAGCUCACGGCAACGCCGGAUCGUUAACCCACUGAGCAAGGGCAGGGACCGAACCCGAAACCUCAUGGUUCCUAGUCGGAUUCGUUAACCACUGCGCCAUGACGGGAACUCCUAAAGUUUUUUAUUUUUAUUUAUUUAUUUAUUUAUUUUUUGGCUGUGCCCAAGGCAUAUGGAAGUUCCAGGGUCAGAGCUGGAACCUGUACCAUAACAGGCAGUGCCAGUGCCACUGGAUCCUUAACCCACUCACCCACACAGGAACUCUUUGAUUUUCUUUUUAAAUAAGGCCUUAGUAGAUUAGAAGCUAGCAAUCUAGCAUGCUAGUUGCAGUAAAAGCCAGUAAGCAUUUUCAGACUACCAUGCUUCUGCCAGUGUAGUUUCUUCUGCCUUCCUUUCUGUAUGGGUGAUUUCUUGCUAUCUUAAAGGUCUGCCUCAAAUAUCUUCCCCCCUUGUCUAUUCCCAUACCAUUCCUUCCUGUCCUCUUACUACCCACCCCCCACAUCCAGACAGUUGUUCCAUGGUCUGUGUUUUUUAUAGUGUUCUUAAUUCCCAAAGCAUUGAUCACAAAAGUAAUAUUUUUUAAAUAAUUGAUGUUGCCUCAGUUAGACUAUGAACCUCUCUCUCUUUUGGGGGGGCUUCACUUAUGGCAUGCAGAAGUUCCCAGGCCUGGGAUAAAACCCCUGCCACAGCAGUGACAAAACCAAAUCCUUAACCCACUAGGCCACCAGGGAACUCUCAGAAUCUCUUAACGUUAGUGACCAGAUUAUCCUCAAUUUUUUUAAUUUUUAUUUUUGGCUAUUCCCACAGUUUGUAGAAGCUCCUAGGCCAAGGAUCAGACCUGUGCUACAGCCAUGAUCCAAGCUGCUGCAGUGACAGUGCCAGAUCUUUAACCCACUGUGCCACAAGAGAACUCCCCAUACUCAUUUUUUCUUUCUUUUUUUUUUUUUAUUUAGGGCCACACCUGCAGCAUAUGGAGGUUCCCAGGCUAGGGGUUGAAUUGGAACUGGCCUACACCAUAGCUCAUGGCAACGCCGGAUCCUUAACUCACUGAGUGAGGCCAGGGAUUGAACCUGCGUCCUCAUGGAUGCUAGUAAGAUUCGUUUCCACUGAACUCCCAGCCCAUACUCAUCUUUAUAACUGCAAGGCCUAUACACUGCCUGGCAUGUAGUGAAUCAUAGGAAAAAAGUGUGUCACAACUGAGAUACUGCAUUUAUUUUAUUUUGUUAUGUUGUUCUUUUUUGGCUACCCUGCAGCAUAUGGAGUUCCCGAUGUGGCAGUGUCGGAUCCUUAACCCACUUUACCCGGCUGGGGAUCAAACCUGCAUUCCAGAACUCCAGAGAUGACGCUGAUCCCAUUGCAUCGCAGCAGGAACUUGCAGAUACUGCAUGUAGAGCUACAUUUUAAAGAUAUUUUAAAUCUAAAGGAUGUGAUCAGUGUCCAGCUGGAAGAUACUACCACAAGUAAAAAUUUUUGCAGCCAGUCUUGCCUUUCAUCAUAUGAGAAAAGAAAACCAUUUGUUACCAUAUGUUCUAAUAGUAUUUCAACCAAGUGCAGUAUGUGUCAGAAGACUACUCUUAUUCAAUAUGAAGUAAAAUACCAGAACGUGAAACAUAGUCUUUGCAGUAAUGCCUGUUUUUCCAAGUUUCACUCUGCUAACAACCUCAUCAUGAACUGUUGUGAGAACUGUGGAGCUUACUGUUACACCAGCUCUAAUCUGUUUGAUAUGCUUCAGAUGGAAGGACAGUCUCAUUCCUUUAAUAGUUCAAAGAGUAUCAUAGCAUAUAAGCAGAAACCAGCCAAAACACUUAUAUCUGUUGUUUGCAAAUCAUUGAAGUCCUCAGAUGAAAUAAUUGAGACUACCAAUGACCUGGGGAAGACAGAGCUUUUCUGUUCUAUUAAUUGUUUCUCCACUUAUAGUAAAACUAAGAUGGACUCUUCUACAGUAAAUGUUCCCAUGGUGCAUGAUGCUUCAAUGGAUCUCCUUUCUCCAAAGAAAGAUACAACUCCAGUUAUAAGCAAUAUAAUGUCAUUGGCAGAUACUCAUGAUACCCUGCCCAUCAUGAACGCUGAUGUAUUACAAGGUACAGUUUCUUCAGUAACAGCAAAUGUCAUUUCGGAUAUUUCUAAGAUUUCACCCUGUGAAUCAAGUAAUGGUGUUGCUGAUGUGGAGCAGCCAAGCCUUUCACCAUCUUCAUCAGUACUUGGUCAGCACACAGUUGGCUCCAGUACAGAAGUACAAAAAGAUCAUGUGUCAAACCAAGAUGCUACAUACAAUAUGAAAUCUAUGAAAAUAAGCGAUGGACUAUGUCAUCCAAAAUUUACAUCCAAAGUACAAAAAGUUAAAGGUAAAUCACGAAGUAUUAAAAAAUCUUGGUGUUCAAAUUUUCAGCAAUUAGAAAACAGUAUUAAAAAGGAUGUGAUAUUCUGUUAUUCGUGCCAUUUGUUCUGCCAGAAAAUUUUUAGCUGUAGAGGAGAAUCAUUUGCAGCCCAAGGAAUUUCCAAUUGGAAAAAAGCUCUGGAAAAAUUUAGAAAGCAUGAAAAAAGUGAAAUGCAUUUGAAGUCAUUGCAGUUUUGGAAGGAACACCAGUUUUGUGAAGAAGUUGUUAGUGAUGAAGCUGUUAAUGACAGUUUAUCUAAACAUUCGAAACAGAUUGAUGGAAAUAAAAAAUACCUAAAGCUUAUAAUUGAAAAUAUUUUAUUUCUUGGAAAGCAGUGUUUACUUAUAAGAGGAAAUGACCAGUCUAUUUCAUCUGUGAAUAAAGGCAAUUUUUUAGAAUUGUUAGAAAUUCGAGCAAAAGAUAAAGGAGAACAGGUAUUUCAACUUAUGAAUUCGCAAGUUGACUUCUAUAAUAGUACACAAAUUCAAAAUGAUAUUAUUGAAAUAAUAAAGAGUGAAAUGUUGCAAGAUAUUGUGAAUGAGAUCAAUGUCUCCUCAGCUUUUUCAAUAAUAUGUGAUGAGAUAACUGAUAGUGCCACUAAAGGGCAGCUCUCAAUUUGUGUAAGGUACCCACAAAAAACAUCAAAAACUAUAUUAAUUAAAGAAAGAUUUUUGGGUUUCAUGGAUUUUGAAGAGAAGACUGGGACUAGCUUACAUGGGACUAUUAAAACUUACCUGCAGCAAAUUGGAAUUGAUUUGAAUAAAAUACGAGGCCAGGCAUAUGAUAGUACCAGUAAUUGGAGGGAGAAAUUUAAUAAAAUUGCAGCAGAAUUCAAGAAGGAAGAGCCAAGAGCUUUGUACUUACAUUGUUAUGCACAUUUUUUGGAUUUAGCGGUGAUUAGAUUUUGUAAAGAAGUAAAAGAGCUCCGAAGCGCUCUAAAUACUCUCAGUUCUUUGUUCAACACUAUUCAUAUGUCUAGGGAAAUGUCUGCACAUUUUCGAAACAUUUAUAAACUAAGUCAAAACAAAACAUGCAAGAAAGAUACCUCGCAAUCAUGUUGGACAGUCCGUGAUCGUACAUUACUGUCUGUGAUUGAGGGUCUUCCAGAGAUCAUUGAAACACUGGAAGUUCUGUCAAGCCAUUCUUCAAACACAAGUUCAGCUGAUGAAUUGAGUGGUUUGUUGGCAUUGGUUUCCAAAUUUGAAUUUAUCUUUUGUUUGAAAUUUCUUUAUCGAGUACUAAGUGUUACAGGAAUUCUUUCUAAGGAGCUUCAAAGUGAAACCAUAGACAUUUUUUCUUUGUCUUCAAAAAUAGAAGCAAUCUUGGAAUGUUUAUCAUCUGAAAGAAAUGAUAACUAUUUCAAAACUCUCUGGAAUGGAGCAGAAGAAAUUUGUCAAAAAAUAACUUGUAAAGGUUUUGAGGUUGAAAGACCUUCAUUUCAGAAAAGAAAAAAACUUAAGAAAACAGUAGAUCUUGGCAAUUCAGAGUGCACGUUUUUUCCUGCCUCAACAGAAGAACAAUAUAAAAUUAGCAUUUAUUACCAAGGCUUGGAUACUAUAUUACAAAAUUUAAAAUUGUGUUUUUCAGAAUUUGAUUACUGUAAGAUGAAGCAAAUUUCAGAACUGUUAUUUAAAUGGAAUGAACCAUUAAAUGAAGCAGCAGCCAAAGAUGUCCAAGAAUUUUAUAAACUUGAUGCAGACAUCAUCCCAGAACUUAGAUUUUAUCGGCAAUAUGCAAAGCUCAACUUUGUCCUAGAGUAUGAUUGUAUCAACUUCAGCAAUCUUGGUUAUUUGUUUAUUCAGCAUGGUCUUCACAAUAAUAUUCCUUGCAUAUCAGAGCUAUUAUAUACUGCUUUGUCUUGGCCAGUUAUUUCAGCAAGUGUUGAAAAUUCAUUUUCUAUACUGGCUCGUCUUAAAACAUAUUUAUGUCAUACCAGGGGACAAGAAAAGCUUAGUGGCUUGGCCCUAAUGGCUGUUGAGCAGGAAUUAGUAAGUAAACUGAUGGAGCCUGAAAGACUCAAUGAAAUUGUGGAAAAAUUUAUCCUUCAGGUGAAAGAAAUAUAAUAGUCUCUAACUUGAAUUUAUGUUAAAGAAUUUUUCUUUUGGAUAUUGCAGUUUUUAUUUCAGUUUUUCUGUCUUAUAAGAAAAAUCAGAACAUGUAAUAUUCACUAGGUUCAAAAUUCAUGACACAGUGAUGUACAGUGAAAUGUCUCCUUCUCUUAAUACCCAGUUCCCACUCCCAGAAGUAUUACCUGUUUUUUAAAUAUCCUUCUGGAGAUACUUAUUCAAUGUACUCUGCAGUGCACACUGUUUAACUUGCCUUUUUCACUUAACAUAUUUUUGAGAUUGUGCCAUAUUUGUACCUAAAGAAUUUCUUGAUUCUUUUUUUUACAACUGCAUGAGAUUUAAUUCUAUGAAUAUAUCAUAAUAUAUUAGAGCAGCCCUGUAGUUCCCUUGUGGCAGAGCAGGUUAAGUAUCCAGCACUGUCACUAUAGCUUCCUGGGUCUCUGCUGUGGCACAGGUUGGAUUCUUGGCCUGGAAUUUCUAUAUGCUGCAGGUGUGGCCAAAAGAACAGAAAAAUAUUGGAGUAGUCCCUACUGAUAGACAUUUUAAUUCUUUCUAAUCUUCUAGUGUUACAAAUAAUGCUGCAUUUAAUAACCAGUACAUAGGUCAUAUUGCACAUGAGUGAAUUGCUAUAAGAUAAAACUUUAAAUUGGAAUUAUUAGGUCAGAAGAUUUUUGCAUUUUUUAUUUGAUAUAUUAACAAAUUGCUUUCUACAAGGAUUAUGCCAGUUUAUAGUCCUAUCAACAAUGUGUAACAGUGCCUGUUUCUUUGAAUCUUGAUAAAGUGUUAACAAACAUUUUGAUCUUUGCCAAUCUGUUAGUUGAAUAAUGGUAUGGUAUGUUAAUCUCUGCAGAGAUUAAAUCACAGUGGAAUUUUUUUAUUUUCACUUAAGAAUAAGGUUGAAUAUCUGCUUGAGCCAUUUGUAUUUCCUUUUCUGUGAAAUCUCACAUUUAAACAUUAAAAAUCUAAAUAUUGCUGUAUUUUUGGUUGAUACAAUAGCUUGAUGACAUAAUAGGAAUUCUUAAUGUACUUUAUUAAAUUAUGACUAUUUUCAAAUAA